UCGAAGAAACGCAUGCAUUGUAGCCAUGACUCCGGUUUCGGUGCCUUUGUCAAGCCUCAGCCUGCUCGCAAUCUUUCUUGUCUUGAAUAAGUACUCAAGAUAAAAUCGCCCAAUAACAUCAUAAUGACAUAGAUCCAAUGGAAACCGUAAUCUAUGGCCCAUCAACUGCAAAUCAGAUUGAAAGGUGGUGGAGAGAACUUCAUGAAAGGCUUGAGAAAUUCUUCAAGUUUCCUCUGAAUCGGCUUAAAGAUGAAGGGCAUUAUGAUUCAAAAGAUGAAACUCAUAGGCUGCUACUGGCUUAUGUGAUGAUUCCCAUUAUGCAGAAAGAAAUAGAUACUUUCAUUGGUGUUAUUUGGAAUGCCCAUAGGAUCCGUGAGCAGCAUAAUACCUAUCUUCCUGAUGGGGUUCCCAACCACAUUUACAAUUUUCCAGAGAAGUAUGGGCUGGAAGAAUGUGGUAAGAUAACAAUAUUAUUACAAUAAGUUGUGGUUCAGUUU